AUGGCCAAGGAAGGCGUAGAGAAGGCGGAGGAGACGGAGCAGAUGAUCGAGAAGGAGACCAGCAAGGAGCCUGCUGAGGGCGGCGACGGCUCCCACCGCCUUGGGGAUGCCCAGGAGAUGCGCGCUGUGGUGCUGGCCGGCUUCGGCGGGCUCAACAAGCUGAGGCUCUCCAGAAAGGCCAUGCCGGAGCCACAGGACGGCGAGCUCAAGAUCCGCGUCAAAGCCUGUGGCUUGAACUUCCUCGACCUGAUGGUGCGACAAGGGAAUAUUGACAACCCUCCUAAGACGCCCUUGGUGCCAGGAUUUGAGUGUUCUGGGAUUGUUGAAGCUCUAGGGGACAGCGUGAAGGGUUACGAGAUCGGGGACCGUGUCAUGGCAUUUGUCAACUACAAUGCCUGGGCUGAGGUGGUCUGCACCCCAGUGGAGUUUGUCUACAAGAUCCCAGAUGACAUGAGUUUCUCUGAGGCCGCUGCCUUCCCCAUGAACUUCGUCACAGCAUACACAAUGCUCUUUGAGAUUGCCAAUCUCCGGGAAGGGAUGUCUGUGCUUGUGCACUCAGCCGGCGGUGGAGUGGGUCAAGCUGUGGCUCAGCUAUGUUCUACUGUCCCCAAUGUGACAGUCUUUGGAACAGCUUCUACUUUCAAGCAUGAGGCCAUCAAAGAUUCUGUGACCCAUCUCUUUGACAGAAAUGCCGACUACGUGCAAGAAGUAAAAAGGAUCUCUGCUGAAGGUGUGGACAUUGUUUUGGACUGCCUGUGUGGGGACAACACUGGCAAGGGGCUCAGUCUCCUCAAACCUCUGGGGACCUACAUUUUAUAUGGUUCAUCCAACAUGGUAACUGGAGAGACCAAGAGUUUCUUCAGUUUUGCAAAGUCAUGGUGGCAGGUGGAGAAAGUAAACCCCAUCAAGCUGUAUGAAGAAAACAAAGUCAUUGCAGGGUUCUCACUCCUCAACCUGCUCUUCAAACAGGGCCGCUCAGGCCUCAUCCGGGGAGUAGUGGAGAAGCUCCUAGGGCUGUACAACCAGAAGAAGAUCAAGCCUGUGGUGGAUUCCUUAUGGGCCCUGGAGGAGGUAAAGGAGGCCAUGCAGCGCAUCCACGACCGAGGGAACAUCGGGAAGCUGAUUCUAGAUGUGGAAAAGACUCCGACUCCGCUGAUGGCCAAUGACAGCACAGAGACCAGCGAGGCAGGGGAGGAGGAAGAGGACCACGAAGGCGACAGCGAGAACAAGGAAAGGAUGCCCUUCAUCCAGUAAGACCUCAUCUCUGUGAAUGUAGAGGACGGCUGGCAAGAUAAUGGCCACCAUCAGAACUCUUCUGUGCCCCCGUGAACAAAUGCUGUAGUCCAGUGCGUGUCGUGUUUGUCUGCAGUCAGCCAAGCUAAGAAGCUGUUGAUCACUGUUGUGUUUGGAAUUAAGUGCCAAUCCCAUUCCAUGCAGUAUUGUGUCCCUUCCUGGUCUGUGUGUCACACUCUCCCCUCUCCCUCGUAUCAAACCCAUCCUUCUUCGGGUCCUUCUUGACAGUUUUAGAAUAGCCUUGCGAAUUAAUACAAGACUAUGGAGCCCAAUGUCUGAAACCAGACAUGGACAAGGCUACGCUGAUUGAAAGGUGUUGUCACAGAGCCCUGUCCAGAUCCCAUUAUUCUUCAGGCCAAUGACACUCUUUGCCCGCCAGCCACCAGCAAUGCCUUGAACUAUGGCACUUUGUCUGUUUGGCUAGUGGCAAGAGAGUAGGCCAGGAGGAGCAUUCACGAUCUUAUACAUGCAGACUUUUCCAAGCUGUACUUUGUCACUCCCCCUCUAAGAGGCCAUGUCCCUCCCUGCCUUUGUCUCUGCACCUUAAGGUUUGAACCUCUCUUUAACUCUUGUCCCUGGUUCUUAUUCAAAAACCAUAAACCAGGGAAGCAGGUGUGGGUUCUUUCUAGGAUAGAGAUGGGUCAACAGCAUGUCUGAAGACCAGCUACAGAGACCUCUCCUCUGAAACCAUGUCUCCUGAGCAAAGUCCUCCCUGUGGCCACACACAGUUUAUUUAAAUCCUAAAAACACUCACCACAUGUAGGCCUAACUCAGAUGUCAUUAAACUCACCUAGGUUCUCACCCUCACCCUCAGCCUUCAGAAUUACCAUGAUUAUUUCUAAGCUCCUGCCCAAGAAAUGCCUUUCCCAAGGAAGAGCUCCCUUGAAGACCAACCACAUUUGGGGUUGAAAAACCAAUUGGUUUCUUUUGCCUUCUCAAAGCAUGUUCUACUGUGCAAUAAGCACUAAGGAUAAAGAUGGUGGCUACCCAGCAUCUGAUGCCAAGUGUGUGGUCCCCCUCUCCAACACACAAAACCAUGGUGCUGAUUUGCAGGCUCCCUCAAAAUCAGGGGCCAAACUGCUUGAUCACAUACCCUGGUCAAUUUUCCAGCUUUUUGAUGGGCCUUGA